GUGUGGGGGGAGAGGAACUUUUACUUCGGGUUUGGUCAGGAGCCGUUCGUGAGAGCCGGGUGUCGGGUGACGGCCUGCACCACCACGGCCGACCGGACCGCCUUCCCUCUCCGUGAUGUAGACGCCAUACUCUGGCACAUUCCCUCCAGGGACAUGACCUUCCCUGGGGAGAGGUGGCGCCACACCCGCUACGUGUUCUGGAUGCUGGAGUCGCCGGCCAACAUGCACAGGACCGUCAGGACCUUCGCCGGGGUCUUCAACUGGACCUUCACCUACAGGCUGGACUCAGACUUCCCCAUGCCGUACGGGAGGGUGUACCGUCGGCGUGUACCGCUGAAGGAGACCAGCAGGAACUACGCGGCCGGGAAGACCAAGAUGGCGGCGUGGUUCGUGUCCCACUGUGACGCCAUCAGCGGCAGGGAGCAGCUGGUGGCGACGCUGAGGCGCUGGGUGGAGGUGGACCAAUAUGGCAGGUGUGGCGGCCUCUCCUGUAGCCUCCACCAGUCAGACAAGUGUGACCUCCUCCUCAAUACACACUACAAGUUCUACCUCUCCUUUGAGAACUCUCUCUGUCGGGACUACGUCACGGAAAAGUUCUUCCGGAUUUUAAGGCUGGACAUCGUUCCAGUAGUGUUCGGGCAGGCCAACUACGGCCUACACGCGCCACCACACGCCUACAUAGACGCCCUGACCUUCCCCUCGGUGAAGGCGCUGGCCGACCACCUCAUCUACCUCGAUAAGAACGACACUGCUUACAACGAGUACUUCAGGUGGAAGAGAUAUCACCGUGUCCCCAACAGCUGGGAGAACUGGUCCAAGCCGUACUGUGAACUGUGUGAGCGGCUGCACGCCGACCACACCGUCAAGGUCUACCAUGACAUACACCAGUGGUUCGUGGAGGGCUCUAGCUGUCGGACCCGGUUCAACCACCACAUAGCAGCCUUUAUCAAUGGGCAGUAG